AUGUCACCGGAGGGCCUCUUGUCUGCGUUACCAUUGGGUCUGCAUAUAAUGGAAGAAGCUCACAGAAUAUUGAAAAAGACCUUUGGAUUCUCAUCUUUUCGUCUUCAACAGGAGGCGGUCAUCCACAGGUUACUCGUUGAGAACGAGAAUGCGCUCGUACUGUUUCCCACUGGAGGAGGCAAAAGUUUGACUUAUCAAGUUCCUGCGCUGUGCAUGGAGGGUCUGACACUUGUUAUCUCACCCCUGAUUGCCCUGAUGAAGGACCAAGUGGACGCUCUCGUGAGACGCGGUGUGAAAGCAGCUAACUUGGAUAGUACGCUCACAGCAGAUAGAGCGGCAUGGGUCAAGGGAGAAGUGCUCUCGGGUGCCAUGAAGAUAUUGUACGUCGCACCUGAGCGGCUUAAUAACGAGUCCUUCAUCACCAUGAUGAAACGAGUCAAGAUAUCGUUGUUGGCGGUCGACGAGUCUCAUUGUAUUUCACAGUGGGGUGCCAGCUUUCGCCCGGAGUACCUGAAGAUUGCUAGGUUUGCCGAGGAGAUGGAUGUCGAGCGUGUCUUGUGUCUCACAGCGACUGCAACGAAGGGUGUUUCCGAUGAUAUCUGCAAGAGUUUCUACAUUAAUCCAGUUGCUGGUGUUUUCCGAACCCCGGUGUAUCGUCCAAACCUUUCAUUCCGAGUCGAGAUUGCACGCACUCUAGACGAGAAGUUGGACCGUCUUAUACCUGUCCUGAAGUCGCGAACGGGACCUGCGAUUGUCUACGUCACUCUGCAGAAGCACGCACAAGAAGCCGCAGAUCAUCUGCGCCCACAUGGGCUUGAGCCUAUGGUCUAUCAUGCAGGCUUGCCGCCAGAAGAAAGAGAGAGGGUACAAUAUGAAUUUAUGGACUCAGAGAAAGGUAUCGUCUGUGCUACCAUCGCGUUCGGCAUGGGUAUUGACAAGGCCGACAUCCGACAGGUCAUUCAUCUGCACAUGCCGAAGACGCUGGAGAACUACAGUCAAGAAGUCGGCAGAGCAGGCCGGGAUGGACUAGAGUCAACGUGUAUCAUGUUCCUGUCCGCUGCCGACAUCCCCGUCCUCGAGGGCUUUGCGCGUGGUGAUACGUGCGCGCGCAAAGACCUAGAAAUAUGGUUACAAGAAGUUGCAUUGCGCCAGCGUGCCGUUGACGGGACUAUAGACUUCAAUCACUAUGAGCAGUCUAGAUUGUAUGAUAUCCGACAAAACGUGCUCAACUUGUGUUAUGCGCAACUCGAACUCGAUUAUAGUUACAUCAGGGCGGUGACCCCCUUUUACUCUAUCUACGAUAUUACUGCGAGGACUCCGGCGGGUUGGAACAAAGUUUUGGCUGAUAACUCUCCCAUUGGCAAAGCAAUCCGAAACCAAUGGACACUGAAAGGCACCGGUCACAGUGUUGACAUGGUGCUUACCGCCCAGUGUUCAAAAUUCGAUCGCGCUGAGCUUGCAAAACAUGUCACCGGUUGGGAAUUGGAUGGUCAUAUAUCCUGCAAACCGUCGGGGGUCAGAGCGCGUUACAUGAUAAAUAAUCCCCUUCCAACGUCCACCGACGAAAUCAAAAGUCUGGCAGACAAGAUGUUUCAACGGAUGCUCGACCGCGAAGAAGAAGCAGUGCAGAAACUCCGUCAGGUCACUCACUUCGCAACGAAUGACGACUGCUUGGCCCACGCCCUUGCAUCAUACUUUGGGGAUGAGGAUGCGGUCGACGGGGGAAUGUGUGGAAAGUGCUGCUUCUGUACUUCUGGAGCAGGGCUGGAAUUCAAUCCUCUUGCUGAAGCUUCGCCAGACCCGAGACAAAUCCAGGCGAUCCUUGGAGCCUGUCCCGAACGUGACGACCCUCGCCUACUGGCACGCAUGGCCUUUGGCAUCACGUCUCCUCGAUUGACAGCGGGAAGGUGGUCGACCUCUCAUCCCCUCUUCGGGAGCAUGGUCUCGGUGGACUUCAAUGCACUUGUUGCAGCGUUCGACGCAGAAUGCAAGAAAGCAGGCUACGCGAAGAAUGCCGUCAAGACGGCAGUGAAGCGGACAUAUUCACAAGCAUCGUAUCCUGCGCGUUCGAACUAUGGGAGCUCUACUCGCGGUCGCGGUGGAAGCAGCAAGCGGGCUCGCGGAGGGAAGUAUUAG